AUGAGGAAAUUUUCGGUUUUAACUGACAGCAAUGAUUUAAGAAACAGUGUGCGCAGGCUGAUUGGGCAUAUGUUUAAUGACAGUAUACUGGUCAAAUACGGACUGUUUGGGUUUAAGAAAAAACAAAGUUUUUCUUCUUUAUUGAGCUAUUGUCCAAUAAUAGGUGUGAAUGAAGAGUUUUCAACGGUUUUGUGUAGGAUUGAGGCGGUCCUGAAUUCUCGUCCCCUCACUCCGGCUUCCUCGGACCCUCAUGAUCUGGAGUGCAUCACACCAGGUCAUUUUCUGAUCGACCAGCCAUUGCUUGCCGUACCUCCGCGCUCGUCCGGUGACCUGGAGCGAUCUAUUGCCAACAGAUGGAAGCUACUUGAUCAAUGCCAUCAGGCCUUUUGGCAUAGGUGGACCACCGAAUAUUUACACACUCUCCAGGAGAGCACAAAAUGGACGGACAACCGUCCCAAUGUUCGGGUUAAUGACAUGGUACUUUUGCGCGACCUUUUAGUACCGCCGUUGGAGUGGCGAUUCAGCCGUAUGACCGACCUGGUCCCGGGGCCUGACGGCGUCGUGCGCGUAAUCCAGAUCUUAACGUCUCGUGGCCUAGUGACACGUCCGGUAGUCAAGGUGUUACCCACCCAAUAA